CCGGCUCCCGUGACGUCGAACAAUGCUUCUGUAGUGCCACGCAGCCAGAGGACGAAUUUUGCAACUAUGGCUUUCCGCGCGGGACUCUGCUUUCUCCUGCAGGCGUUUGCUCUCCUCCUUCUACCGUCCUACGGGCAGAAGGCAGAGGGUCCCCCGGCAGAAGAUGUCCAGAUAGAAAUCUUGCACGUCCCCGAAGUCUGCGAGCCCAAAAGCAAAAAGGGCGAUCUACUCAAUGCCCAUUACGACGGUUUCGUAGGUAGUAAUAAGACCAAGUUUUAUUGCAGUCGCACACACAAUGAUGGCCAUCCAAAAUGGUUUGUCCUUGGUGUUGGUCAAGUCAUUAAAGGCUUAGAUAUUGCAAUGAUGAAUAUGUGUCCUGGAGAGAAACGAAAAGUGAUUAUUCCGCCUUCACUUGGCUAUGGAGAACAGGGCUACGAACCAGCAAAGAUCCCACCCAAUGCAACACUGAUCUUCGAAAUUGAACUGUAUGCAGUAACUAAAGGACCACGGAGUGUUGAAACAUUUUCUCAAAUAGACCUGGAUAGUGACAAAAAGCUUUCAAAGGAAGAGAUAAAUCAUUAUUUGAAGAAAGAAUUUGAAAGAGAUGGCAAAAAACGAGAUUCUUCUGUUCAAAAUGAUGUUUUGGUAGAUAUAUUUAAAAAGAAUGACCAUGAUGGUGAUGGCUUCAUAUCUGCUAAAGAAUACAAUGUCUACCAGCACGAUGAACUAUAAAAAUGUAUUAUUCAAAUGUCUACUUGUUGCUUUAUGGACUUUGGUGAUCUUGCAGUUUUCAUGGAGCAUGGAGUUCCGCAGCCAUCACAACUGGAUGACUUGACUGUACUCACUCCUCUUCCUAAACAAGUCUUUGUAGAUGUAUUCAAAGGAAUUUAAGGGUGUGGCUUGGAUUGGUGAAUCAAAUACACAUCAUGCCAGUGGUGCAAUGUAAAAUUUUUUACUACCUGUUCUAUGGGCGUGGCUUGGUGGGGGGUUAAUGUGACUGGGUGGGCAUGACCAACCUUUUUUUUUUUUACUUUUAAAAGCCGAAGAGGUUGUAGAAAAAAUGCUUUUAAAAGACUGACAAUCCCAGCUGAGCUGCACAAUCAUCAGAGGCUUUUUUUUUUACUUUUAAAAGCAUUUUUUUGGCCGAAGAAAAAUGCUUUUAAAAGUAAAAAAAAAAAAUCUCUGAUGAUCGCACGGCUCAGCUGGGCAUGGGGGUGGAUGGGCAGGGAUUUUUGCUACCGGUUUUUCGAAUUACCUGCCGUCAUCGCUACCAGAUCAGGCGAUCCGGUCCAAACUAGGAGCAUUUCACCCCUGCAUCAUGCACAAAUGAAGAAACUCCAUUGGUUCCGCUGGGAUUUAUCCACAACAAAAUAUAGCUGCAUUUUAAAGUCUUUUGUGUUACAUACCAGUUUAUGUACAUUCACUGUGGUAAUGUUAUAUUGAGAUUAAAAUUGGUUUCAAUUAUGAUCCUAUAAACUGCAGCAAAAAUAAAAUCUGAAAAUGGG